AUGGCUGAACUGGCUGUUGGAGGAGCUUUUCUCUCUGCUUUUCUUCAAGUGUUAUUUGAUAGGUUAGCUUCAAAGGAGGUGGUUGACUUCUUCCAUGGAAAGAAACACAUUGUAGACUUACUCAAUGAGUUGAAUCUAACCCUGUUGUCAGCUACUUCACUGUUAAAUGAUGCUGAGGAGAAACAGCUACAAGAUCAGACUGUCAGGACAUGGCUUAAUGAUUUUAAGGAAGUUGUUCAUGAAGCAGAUGAGGUGGUGGACGAGAUCAACACUGAAGCCUUGAGACGCAGCUUGGAGGUUGAAUCAGAUAUUGACAAUAUUAUGAGUAAGAUGUUCUUGAAAUUCAUCCCUACUACUUCUUUUUGGGAAUUUGAUAACCCUGUCAAAACAAAGAUAGUUGGGAUUCUUGAAUUCUGCAAAGGCUACCUACUCCUUUGGCAAUAG